GUGUCGCAUUUUCUGCAAAGUAUUGUUGUUUUUGUAUCAAAGUCAAAAACUUUAGAAUACUUUACCUUGGAAUUUGUUGAACAAAAAUGAGCAUAUAUUUAGAAAAUAGCGAAGGAAAAUUUAUCCCAGCUACAAAACGCCCGGACGGCACAUGGCGGAAGGCACGUCGCGUCAAGGAUGGCUAUGUACCCCAGGAAGAGGUGCCACUGUACGAGAGUAAAGGCAAACAAUUUGUGGCCAAGAGGCAGACAGGUGUACCACCGGGAAUGUGCCCAAUUGUAGCAGCCGAAGCGAAAAAGGAGCGCGAAAAACAGGAAAAGGCCAAAGCCAAAAAGAUUGAUACAGCGAAGGGAACCAAGACUGUAUCCUCAAGUGUUCCACAAGUACAAACCAACACAAGCAGCACCACCAGCAGCAGCAGCGCAGCUACUAACACUCCUAAGGCUAAUCAAACUGCGGCCAAGAAAAAUGUGAAUGCCCUGGCCAAGACUUUAGAUGAAUCCCUGAAAUUGGAGGACUCUUCUGAAACGGAUGCCACUAAACUAUUGAAGAAACUUCGUAAGAAAAUCCGCGAAAUUGAACAAAUCGAAAGCCGUAUACAGGCAGGAGAACAGAAAAAGUUGGACAAAGAUCAGCUGGAGAAGGUGAAAAAGAAAGCGGAAAUUCUGAAGCAGAUUACUUCCCUGGAGCAAGAUAAUCCUGCAUUGCGGCCAUCAUAGCCGCCAUCAUUUGUUGGCCAUUGUAACUCUUGUCAAAUAUAUAAUAUUAAGUUAUCACCGCCAUUUUUUAUAAGUGUGUUUUUUCGUGAAGUUUGUUCCUUCUUUUUUUUUCUUUGAUGUUCUUGUAACUGAGGAAUCCUCCAAAAAUUGAUUCUUAGAUAACUUAGACAACUAUAAGAGCAAAUGCCGCUUAUACAUUAAUUGUAGGUAAUUUUUACAAAAACAAAUAGAAAACGAAAUAAAACUCUUUGAUGCAGUCCAUAUUAA